CCUGGCGCCGCGUGAGUCCCCCACUGGCUGCUCCGAAAAGCCAUCUUUGCAUUGUUCCCGGGUCCUGCUCCGCGCCCGCUGCAGCCGCCUUCGCCGCCCGCCUCCUCCUCCUCCGCCGCCGCCGCCGCCUCCUCCUCCGCGGCGGACUCCGGCAGCCUUCUCGCCAGAGUCCUCGAACUCGGUCCCUCUCUCUCCCUCGCUGCAGCGCAUCACCGGCGUGCCCCACCAUGUCAGACGCGGCCGUGGACACCAGCUCCGAGAUCACCACCAAGGACUUGAAGGAGAAGAAGGAAGUUGUGGAGGAGGCAGAGAACGGAAGAGACGCGCCCGCCAAUGGGAAUGCUAAUGAGGAGAACGGGGAGCAGGAGGCUGACAAUGAGGUAGAUGAAGAAGAGGAGGAAGGUGGGGAGGAAGAUGAGGAGGAGGAAGAAGGCGACGGUGAGGAAGAGGAUGGAGACGAAGAUGAGGAAGCUGAGGCCCCUACGGGCAAGCGGGUAGCUGAAGAUGACGAGGAUGACGAUGUUGACACCAAGAAGCAGAAGACUGAGGAGGACGACUAAGACAGCAAAAGCACGAGCUAGACUCAAGGCCGCCGUGACCUGUCCACCCUCCACUUCCCGUCUCAGAAUUUAAACGUGGUCACCUUCGAGUAGAGGAGCAGGCCCCGCCCGCCCGCAGCGGGCAAUGCCACCCACACACGACAUGGCGCUCUCCACCACCCCACCAAACCACAUGAAUUUGCAACAGGGGAGGAAAAAAACCAAAACUUCCAAGGCCCUGCUUUUUUUCUUAAAAAUACUUUAAAAGGAAAAUUUGUUUGUAUUUUUUAUUUACAUUUUAUAUUUUUGUACAUAUUGUUAGGGGGUCAGCCAUUUUUAAUGAUAACGGGUGACCAAACCAGCCUUCAGAGCGUUCUCUGUCCUACUUCAGACCUUACUUGUGGUGUGACCAUGUUCAUUAUAAUCUCAAAGGAGAAAAAAAAAACCUUGUAAAAAAAACAAAAACAACAACAAAAAAACAAUCUUAUUCCGAGCAUUCCAGUAACUUUUUUUGUGUAUGUACCUAGCUGUACUAUAAGUAGUUGGUUUGUAUGAGAUGGUUAAAAAGGCCAAAGAUAAAAGGGUUUCUUUUUUUUCCUUCCUUUUUUUUUGUCUAUGAAGUUGCUGUUUAUUAUUUUUUUGGCCUGUUUGAUGUAUGUGUGAAACAAUGUCCAACAAUAAACCGGAAUUUUAUUUUGCUGAGUUGUUCUAA